GUAACAUUUCUCUGGGUUCCUGCUCAUGUAGGAGUUGAGGGAAAUGAGUUAGCUGAUAGGUACGCAAAACAAGCAACCACUAAAACAGAAGUAAACAUGGAGAUUAAGCACAGUAAAGAAGAAGUGAAGAGCAUAAUUAAGAUAGAACACAAUAAAAAGUGGCAGGAUAAUUGGAAUAAGGAAACAAAAGGUAGAGAGUUUUACAAAGUCCAGAGGAAAGUAGGUGUAAUGAGAGCAGGGGGUAGAAAUAGGAAAGAAGAAGACAUUAUUACUAGAAUGAGAUUAGGCCAUACAUAUCUAAAUAGUUCACUAAAAUUGAUAGGCAAACAUACUACAGGACUGUGUGAUUUUUGCCACCAGAUAGAAAAUGUUGACCAUGUCUUAAUACAAUGUAGGAAAUAUAAUAGAGAAAGAGAAAUACUGGAAAAUAAGUUAGCAAAAGAAAAUAUUAGGUUAGAAGUGGGAGAUAUAUUAGGAUUGCAUUCAGAAAACAUAGGAUAUAAAGCAAUAUACACAUAUUUAAAAAAACACUGGGUUAAGUAAAAGAAUAUAGAGUAGGGAUCCACCUCGGUCCACACUCCAUUACAGUAGGUGGCGGUAAUGCACACCAGAAGGUUGCUUGCCAACCGCCAUAAAAACAAAAAAAGAAGAAGAAGAAGAAGAAGAAGAAAGCACAUCGGCGGAGAAAGACGUGGGCAGGACGCAAAUAAACCUCGAUGAAGAACAUCUUCCUCAUGAGCAGGAGGAGGAACCAUAUUCCCCCCACAUACACGAGGAAGAAGAGGUAUCACAUUCCCAACACAUCAAAGAGAGAGGAGAGGAGCAACAGCCCUCCCACAUUAAAGAGGAAGACGAGAUGCCACAGACCCAUAAUGUUAAACUGACCUUUCACAUGAAAGGGCAAGCGGAGGACCCACUGAUCUUACACAUAAAAAAAGAAGAGGAGGACCCACUGACCCCUCACUUUAAGGAGCAAGAGAACACGCUGACCCCUCUCAUUAAAAAGGAAGAGGUGGACCCACUGACCCUCUACUUUAAAGAGGAAGAGGAGGACCAAGAGCCGCCACACAUUAAAGAGGAAGAGGAGGAACACCGCAUCAGUCAGCCUAAAUGGUUGGAGGAGUUCUCAGUGACUGGUGUCCCUGUGAAGAGUGAAGAUGAUGAGGUCAAAGGUGAAAGUGAGGAGAGGGGAGGGGGGGAGCCUCCAAGCAGCAGCUCAACACAACACAUGACAACAGAAACUGAUGGAGACCACUGUGGAGGAUCACAAGCAGACAAGCUCUUAGCUCCACUAUCAGAUAGUGAGGACACAACGUCACACUCUCCUGACACUGAUGAUGAAGACUCUAAAGAUGAUAAGACAUGUCACACUGACAACACUCACUUCACAUGUUCUCUCUGUGACAAAACAUUUAAAUACCAUAGUCUUUUGAAAAGACACAUGAGAAUACACACCGGAGAAAAACCUUUCAUCUGUUCAACAUGUGGUAAAGGUUUUGUAGAAAGUCACAAUUUGAAAGUACACAUAAGAAUACACACUGGUGAAAAACCUUUUAUCUGUUCAAUCUGUGGUAAACGUUUUGUGCUAAGUCACACUUUGAAAGUGCACAUGAGAAGACACACUGGUGAAAAAACGUUUUCCUGUUCAACCUGUGGUAAAGGUUUUACACAAAGUCACGAUUUGAAAGUCCACAUGAGAAGACACACUAGUCAAAAACCGUUUUCCUGUUCAAUCUGUAGUAAAGGUUUCGUACAAAGAAACCAUUUGGAAGUACACAAAAGAACACACACUGGUGAAAAACCUUUUUCCUGUUCAAUCUGUGGCAAAGGUUUUGGAGAAAGUCACAGUUUGACAAGACACAUGAGAACACACACUGGUGAAAAAUCACAUUCCUGUUCAAUCUGCAACAGAAGCUUUUGUGACCGAUCAAACCUUGUAGCACACAUUAAAAGACACACAGGAGAGAAAGUGUUGAGUUGCAGUGUGUGUGGUGAAAGAUUCUCUUAUAAUUACCAGUGUAAGAAACACAAGUGUGCUGGUGAGAACAGCAGCAGCAAAUGAAACUACAGGAUUUAAAAUAAACUGUCAAGACUU